AUGACCAAAUCACAUCGUAGCGUAUAUGCAGCUAGUGAUUCACUGGCAGACCAUCAGAUGUGCCUUGCUGCCACGGAAGAGUGGAGGGAAUAUAGUUGUAAUCCACUGGCACAACAGCAAGAUGCAGAAACAAAAAAUGAGAGUCACCAACUAAAGGCUUUGUGGAAGAACAAACCAAUGUCCUUGCAUAGCACUGCUCACAGAAUUCAAGUGGAAGCCGCAGACUGAACUGAUUUAGCAUCACAUUCAUCUCGCACAUAUAUCGAGGAAAUUCUCUAAGCACUGCUUCGGAUUUAGUAUGCAAAUCAAGUUGUAUUGUGUCUAAUUUGCGUCGUUCUUGUAUACCGCAUCUGGCAAUUGUGCGAUUGAUUGUCUGUUCCUAAAAAAGCACAGUUUCUCAAGAUACUUCGUAAAUUUUGCUAUGUCUCCUAGG